AUAAAUAUUUUUAGCACUUUUUACAUUUUUACAUAUUUUAUCACAUUUUAGCGUUCACCACAUUUUUAUCUAUUAUAACUUGUUUUUAACUUAUUUAUGCUAAUUUAGAGAACUUUUAUACACUUGAAAAUGACCUCGGAGAGGUCGAAACGACGUGAUUUUUUAUCGCUAAUAUUUAUCUCAAAAUCGAUUUCUAAGAAACUACUUAUUAACAUAAUUAUUGAGCCCUAAAAUUCAUGUGCCCAGUUCACAAUGUAGGAAAAUUCUCUAACUUCAUUUUAAUUGUCUAACAAAGAGGACUUCUUGAAUGAAAAUCCUGAUGAGACAAAAUUCAUGAAAGUGGAAAUGAUCCCCGCAGUUGAAUAAGCACCCUUUAGCAGUGGUUGAUAAAGAACCUGAAAAAAUUGGAUCACUAUACGUUUCUGGGAAACUGCCCGCUUACCCCUCCCCUAAGCCAACAUUAACACUUCUCAUUUAGGGGAAAAUGUUGGCUUAGGGAAGGGGUAGGUGAGCAGUUUCCCUGAACCGUAUAAUGAUCCAAAAACUUCGGGCUUGACUGGGAAUUGACCUUUACGGUGACCGGAUGCAACACUCUAUCUGGAGAGCAGGCCAUUGUAAUAUACCUGAUGGUUUAUUGUUUAUUGUUUGUUUAUUGUUUUGUUUGCCAAAAAUUAAACAAAUCAAAUAAAAUCUGAUUACCUUAACUCUCAUGGCGAGGAAGCCCAAGAGAAGCCACCGGGCUUAUAAGGAAUGGGCUCCCUCAGUUAGAUAAUAAGAACAAAAUAUUAUCAUAAUUACACACGGGAAAAUCAAUGGCAGAGCUACAGUAAAUCUUAAAAUAAGUAUAUUAGAUAGUCGUACUAAUCAUAGUUCUAGGCUAAAAAAAGCGAAAUGACAAAAAGAAAAAACAAAAACAAAACAAAAGAAAAUAAAAGAGCAAAGGAAGAAAAAAAAGAUACAUAUAUAUAUAUAUAUAUAUAAAUUACUAUUUAUGAUAAGAGGAAUGCUUUCUAUUUAUGAUAUGACAUGAAUGGAAAUAUAUAGAAAUGAGUCCUUUCAUAUUAUUUCCAUUCAAGACAAAAUACAUUGUAUUCUCCAAAAAUAUCUUUUUCAAUGUACCAUGUCGUGUGCUGUGUAUAAUUAUCUAACCUUGUCGACAACAAACCCCAAAACCCUGAACAACAUGAAGGUAAAACUGUGAGAAGGUCGUUAUGACUUCUGUUCCAUUCUUUUGGUUAAACACAAAAGAGAAGAGAAUCAGCCUCAAAACAAGGCUGUGAAUAGCAGCAAAUGUCUUCACUGAUGGGUUCCAAAAGUUCUCAGUAACUUUCAACAAAAUGGUUGGUGUUGAAGAAUAUUUUUUCCACAAAAGAAAAGAUUAUUGUUUUGAGGUUUUGUCACUUUUUAGACCAGAUACACACUCACGAAAGAAUGAAAACAUGCGUUCAUGUAUGUAGCUGUACAUGAAAGGUUUUGUUUAAUCUGUCACCUAGAUCCCGAAGUUGUUGUCAGAGAUUCAGCCAGUUUCAGUUGAGGUGGAAUGGGUACCAGUUGUGGUUGGUGCACUAUUCAAGAUGAUUGGAACCCCUGUGGUAUGCACAUUAACUAGUUAAAUAAACAAAGUGCUGUAUUAAUAGAGGGCCAGAGAGAAUCCUAAGAAAAUUUCAGCAUAAAAAAUACAAGAUGCUCAGAACAACAAAAUAAUAAGACUCUUUAAAUUGUUACAUCCUAAAUUAACAGAAUCUAUGUAGUAAUUAACCUUAUUUUCUGUUUGAUUGAAUGCACUUCAUAAUAGAACACUGAUAAUACAACCUCCACCUGGUUAGCUCAGUUGGGACGUUGCACACGUGGGUUCAAACCCCGGCCAGACCAACACUAAGGGUCUUUAAAUGACUGAGAAGAAAGUUCUUUCUUUUCAAUGACAUCUACAAACAGUUAGACUUUCUAGUCUUCUAGGAUGAGGACAAAAAACUAAACUGUAGGUCCCGUCUCACUGCACUUACCUGAGUUAUUUCUUUUGGAGCGUAAUAGGGCCCACACCACUGUUCGAAGAGAGUAGGGGACGUAGACGUCGGUGAUGUGGCCAACCUUACUUGGGCUGGGUGGGUUUUUUCUAAGAAGAGAUCUUAAGAUACGUGUAAGAUAACCACAUGAUCCUCCUUCAGGUGUCUUAAUGCUUACCUGUAAACAGUGUACCAUCAAACCUCUUUAAUACGGACACCACAGGGACAGAACCAAGUGUCGGCUUUACAGAGGUGUCCAUAUUAUAGAGGUAGGGAAUGUGUGAUUUUUGGCAUUUCUGGGACCAAAUGAACUGUCCAUAAUAGACGGUAGAAGCUCAUUGUGCCCAGUCACCCAUUUGUUGAGACACUGUAAGGUAUUUCCGAUAAAAUCAAGAGUCGCAAUAAUUAUUAUUGAUGAAACAACGAUCUUAGAGGUUAAAGCGAUUAUCACAUUGUCAUUUCAAUUAAUGUUAAUCGUGCGAUGACAGUAAAGAAAUCUGCCAAAACAUGUGUUUUUUAUUUUGCUUAUUAAACCUGUUGCUUUUAAGUCUUAUUUUUCCAUUUCCUCUUUUCUGUGCUCUUUAUCAUGGUUUCUGGAGUGUGCUAGUAUCGUUACUACAAAGAAAAGAAAACAAUUUCUUGGUACAUGUACAUAUGUAUGCAACAAUUACGUCGAAAAACCGAUGAUUUGAUAAGAAAAACAUGUGACGAAAAUGACCUAUAGAGAGGCUUAUUGCAGUACCAACAUCCACAACAGCAUGUGCACUUUUAUUUAUUUGGUCAUUCUAGGUUCCUAUGAAUGCAGUGAGCGAUUCAAAACGGAAGUAUGGAUAUCAAGACCUCUUAGACUAUGCUGAGCAUCAUGGAGUUGGAUUCCAGUUUACCUCUCAUUUUCCCCUUCAUUCCUUACUUUCACUUAGAGUGAUGAUAGUGAAUUCUGAUGACCGACUCAGGAAAAUCAAUUGUAAGCUUUCGCCAUUUUUACUUUUUCUGAAACACCAGAGUUCUUUAAAGCUGCUUUGGGUGGGAGUAGUACUAGAGAUCUUUAGAUUCUAAAACAUGGGUAACUAUAAAGGCAUGAUUUUCUCAAUAUUAUGGAGCUUUGGCAUCGCCGGCAAUGACGAAAGCAAAAACGUCACCUUUCAAAUGAAUUCGCGUUUUUUUCAAAUUUUGUCGCGUUUAUUCCUUUUCUCUGAAAAUAUCAGUUAUAGGUAAAUUUCCCUGGAAUUGAUUUGUUUCCGAGGGACUUCACUCAAGUUUAGAAAGAGAAAAAAAAUUGUCAUCGUCUGUUUACGUUCUCCAUAAAAUGUGAAAUUAGGCAUUUUCACAUCGUAGUCAGGCGGUGAUAGCAAAGAAAUAUACAAGAAAAUGUGCAGCGCAUACAAAGUUGUCAUUUUGACAUUCUUGUUGCCAUCACCAUCAUCGUUUCUAAAUCUCCUUAAUCAAAAGUGCCGAUGCGUAACUCAGUAUUGUUUUUUUUUUUUUGAAAGGAAAGUGGCAGCCAUCGUCAUUCGUUUAGCAAAUUUAGAAUUAAGCAGCAAAAGCAGCAUUAAGGCAUUCAAAACACUGGAAUUUAGGAUUUGGACGUUGCAAACAUUGGAAUUCAGGGGUAAGAUGUUGCAAACAUUGAAUUUCAGAGUUUGCACAUCCCACAAAUUUGAAUUCAGUGUUUGGGCGUUCCAUUCUUUACCAGACAUUAUAAUUUAGGGUUUCGGAUUCCCAACAGUUGAAUUAAAGGUUUACAACUUCCAAACAAUUGAGUUUUGGGUUAAGCCGUUGAAAUUGAGAGAUUGGAAUUGAGAGUUUAGACUUCCAAGCAUCGGUAUUCAGGGUUUAGGCGUUGCAAACAUUUCAGGGUGUGGAUGUUGAAAACAUUGGAAUAUAGAAAUGGAAGCUCCAAAUAUAUUAUUGUAAUUGAGGGUUUGAACAUUUUAAACAUUGAAAUUUAACGUUCCAAAUACCGGAAUUUAGGGUUAACGCAUUCCAGACAUUGGAAUUCAGAGUUUAAGCAUUCCAAAUAAUGGAAUCCAGCAUUUGGACGUUCCAGACAAUAGAAUUGAGGAAUCAAGAAUUCUAAUUAUUGGAAAAGUUUAAAUCCAGUACUCCGAUGUUUCCUAAAACCAGAAUUCCAAUAAUUGGAAAAGUCAAAAUCAAGAAUUCCAAAGUUUGCAAAACCCAAAGUUCAGAAUUCCAAUGAUAAGUAAAGCCAAAAUUCAAAACUCCAAUGUUUGAAAAAGCCAGAAUUCAGAAUUCCAAUGUUUGGAAAAGGCAAAGUUUAGAAUUCGCAUGAUUGGAAAAGGCAAAAUUCAGAAUUCCGAUGUUUAAGUAUAGUCUGAAUACUCAUCCCAGCCAUAUACAAGUUUGAUUGUUGAGCUAUUUCCUUUCUCUUAGAUGAAGCUGCUUGGAAACAUGACAAGGACAUUGGUGAUCCUCAGGUACUUAUUAACCCUCCCCCCGUCCUUCUUACUUCUUAAAAUAUAUAGAUUUAGCCAGGGCUAAAAGCGAGGCUCCCAUUAAUGAAUUUAUAAUUUCAAUCAAACAAUAAACUUGUAUUCCACAAUUCAGUUAACUUUAGAGCACAUUCGUGUGACUUUUCAGGGAAAGGCUAAGUGAUUUUACAAAAAAUAAUUUGCAAACAGCCCAAGAGUGAACCAAAUCUCACAUCGAGUUGAUAGCCUCAUAAGUACACCCAAAAACUGGCAAUCAUCGUCGAUCACAUUAAUUAAGAGCCAUAAUGGCUCUUGAUCACCGUAGAUUAAUUAGGCCUGGAAAAAAACUUCCGGCCAAAUUUUUUGCGUUCAACAAGUUUAUUUUACAGAAUCUUGCCAACAAAUCUGGGUGCGUGUAAACCAACCUUUUAUAUCAUUUAUACAUUCCAUCUGAGGUGAAACAGUACUAUAUGAGGCACUGUUUUUAUCAUACAGACCUCGGACAAUAGAAUGCACGAGGCGAACGCACGAGACGAUAGCCGAGUGCGACUCUAGCCUCUUGAGUGCUUAGCAAACCUCCCAAGUGCAUCCAUAACUCCAUGGUUGCACAGCUGCAACGUUUACCAUUUCUUUUAUAACAUAAUCAAAAGAGAAAAACAUUGUUUUCCAUUAGCCUUCAGUUGAGUCAUCGGUCGGAGUUCAUGUAUGCUGCCAUCUGCCCGCGCGUAAACAAAUCAUGUUCUAUGUUUUUCAAAAACUUGCCUUUGAGUUUUUCUUUCGCUGAAUCAGCCGUUCUCCGUCUUCAGGUCGAUUGCAAAACGUUUUUUGUUCUUAUUGUGAAUGGCAUCUGUCUACUUGCUCUUAAUAUUAGGGUAAAAACUUUGAGGGAAAACUAUAUCUGCAACUAUAAACACCAACUAAAAAGACUAAAAAAUAAGCUAAAACUAAAUAAAUGAAAUAAUUAUCAAGCUUAUUUAUGUGACAAUUUUUGAAAUAAACGUAAAGUAGAAAUGAGAAAAUUUGACAGUAAUUCCUUUAGAAUAACAGGUAACACUAAUUUCAGCCCUCGCUGAAGCUGUUGUUUUUGGACUGUUCCCUGAACGACUGUUAUGAAUGAACACUGAGGAACAAAAUAAUACACACAGAAGUUAUUUGUUGAAAAAUUUAUUUGAAAACCCAAAUGUUUCUGUACUCAAAUGAAAUUUGCUUAUUCCAGCGUUAUGUGCCCGUUUAAACUCAACUAAAAUUGUUAAUCGAUGCGAUGAAAACUUCACAACAAAGCUGUCUCGAAUUUGAGCGUGUUUCCUAAAAUAUUUGCUUGAAUUUAGCAUCAGCUUGACCAAAAAGUCAAUAACACAAUGGUAAUUGAUAAAUUUACAUUUCAAACAGACUUUCUCCUCUAUACAAAAACACACAAAAUGUACCUUAAAUCUUUGCUCGCUCGAUUUUCCUCCAGCCAAUUCUAGCCGCAAGGAAAACAGUGAUUAAUUCAUCCAGGGCAAAUUUGUCGCUUGAUCUUUUGUCUUUUUUCCUUCAAAACGACAGCUUAGUAUUUUCUUCACCUUCCACUUUUCAUCUGUGCAUUUCAUCGGUGUAUUUUACCAUCAGGAGAGGAGAUUUGUUGAAUUUGCCUAAAUUUUACCGCGCUAGCUCAGUUUCUUAGCGUGCACCCACGGGCAAAUGGUAGUGGCUAACUGACCAAUCAGAGCGCGCGAUUUACUUUUGUUAUGUUAUAAAUUGCUAUUCAGGACGAUCGAAGCGCGCGUGGGCUUUAGCCGUUAACCGUUGAAAAAAUUUUCAAAAUCAUCUAUACGGCCAGCCGGUUCUGACUUUUACAGUGCUAGCAGUGGCGAGUGUUUGAAUGAACAUUAACAGAGUUACGCUCCAGCAUAAUAAAGAAUAUCAGUAUGUUUAUUUUUUAUUUUAAAACGGUUUAACGCGCGGCAUUUUGAUUACUCCGGGAAGCGUUACUGAACGACUGAAAACAAUCGGCACAACGAUUAAAAUUACAAGAGGGAGUACUAACAAUCAAUAAAAGAAAUAUAAUUCGGUGAAACAUAUACAGAGACGACAAUUUUCAUUCAGGAAGACAAGUAUUAAAGUGUCUCUAAAAAUCCUGGGUCUUCGAGCUUAAAGCUGAAGUUUAUGUUUUAAGCCGGCUUCCCGGUGUUUGCUUUUUUCAAAGACGAACUCGAGGCAAGAAAAUCGCUCAAACCUUUCUUUUACAGCCAGAAUUAUAACUAAAUAUUCUUGAAAACGUUUUCUUUCUAUUUGCGGUGAGAAAAUGUCUAAAGCCUCUUUAAAGAUUUGUAAGCUUAUAACAAACCUGAUACUCGGUCAGAUCACUGUCUCAAAUCUUACAAACGUGCGUAAACAAAAUAGCCGCAUAAACUACGCUCGACUUCAUUAAAUUAGGAAUAAAAAACAAACAUCAAAUACAAUAAUUACUUAGGCUUACCACUUGAGAUGCAGCUCCUGAAAGGUUACAAGUAAGGCCAGUAUCGCUUCAGACUUUGCAACCCUCUUACUCAUUAAGCAAGAUGAAAACGAAAACGAUGCCAUCCGAAAUCGGAUUUCCCACUUUGACUCAACCAAAAACCCAAUAAACAAACUAGCCAUGAAUAACAGAAGACUCCUGAUAGCAGCUGAAUUUCAUUAUGUACAUCCAGUGGAAAAAGAAAGUUAAAAACAUCACAAGUUGACACAAAACUCUGUCAGCUUCAGCUGUCAAAGUAAACAAGAUUCAAGAUGCUGCAUAAAUUUUCCGCAUGAACUCACCUGUCAAAUUUUGACCAAUCAGAGCAUAAAAAUUGGACGUAGAGCGUGACCAACGGGUGAACAUGGCGAGAAAAGUCAAAAGCAACUGUCUUCCCUGCCUGUAGCAGCUAGCUGAAUUUUCGCGUCUGAGGUAAGUUUGAAAUCAAAAUUUUAAUUGUGCGGCACAUAAACACAACAUAUUUCAUACGAAUUUUAAAAAAAUCAAACUUGAGCCUGCGAUCAUUUGAAAACCAGUACCUUAUCAGCGGAUAACUUCAAAUAAACACUUGACCUCGAUGGGUCGACACCUGAGCCCGCGAUACAGUCAAGUGAUACUGGUCAGCGGAUACCUUUUUUGACAGCUGUCAAUAGAUCACAACAUUGACGUGUAUCAGUUUUCCUGUGCCCCGAUCCCAAACUAGCUGGAAAGUAUGAGACUGAACAUUGAUCGCGAUCUAGUAAAAUAAUUAACUGGUCAGCGGACAGCUUCCAAAUAAAUCACGUCACCUCAAUGAGUUGACACAUGAGCUUGCGAUAUGGUCAUGGGAUACUGGUCAGUGGCUAUCCUGUUUUGACAGCUGUCAAUUGACCAUAUUGUGAAUGUCCAAUGUAAAAGAUGUGGACUUGGCAAGACACGCCUGAGACACCCCUCCCUUCCUUUUGAUAGUCUCCCCUACCCCACCCGUACAAUCCGUAGACGUACGUUCGGUCAAUCACGUGACAACCAAAGGAAAAGAGGUUGACCAUAAUCUAUGGGUAUGGGGCUCUGUCCCACGCGCGCUUCGCGCGCGUGGGAGCUCCGCUAUCAUCUGCCCCCUUAGGUCUAUUAACAGUUUAGUCUUCUGUUAUAAAACUCUUUUAAAAUGGUCAUUUAAGUCACUAGUUAAUUGCAUGUACUUUACCGUUUUACGUACGAGGUUGGUAGAUUAUUGCGGAGCUCCAGGCGAAGCACCGCGCGUGGGCGGAGCCCCAUAGCUAAGGAAAUGUGGUAAUCUACCCAUCCGAGAAAAUUUGGUAAUCACGUGACCGUACACCGACCGACCGUCCUUCCGCACCACAGGCAUACCAAUGUAUAAUAACUCAAUCAAUAGGUAUGGCAACCCAAAUGCAACUCAAGGUUUCAUUUGGAAGGAAAUCACAUGACCGCCCGGACUUUUAGAAAGAAAAAAAAAACAACAUGUUCGUGUCUUUUUCGGCGUUAUUUUUUAUGUUUACACUAACGUGGAUAACAGAGAAAGAGCUAGAGUAAGUUAUUGAAAACGAAGGUGGCGAAUUUCGUAGGAAGAAAAACAUGGAAAUUCAAAGCGGCGGUGAGAAAAUGAGAAAUGCUAGCGGCCAGCAAGGUGAAAAUGAGUGGCAGUGACAAAUAAAAUAAAAGCGAACAUGAACACAGGAAACAAAAUAUUGGGUAAACACAUACAACAAUUCCUCCAUAAAAAUAAUGUAAUUAGGAAAUUUGACGCUUUAGUCGUACAAAACAGCGUUGUAGUCGUGCAAAACAACAGCAGGGAAAAGACACAAAAGCGUGCUGCAUGUGCAAAUUUGUUUUUUGCUAAUUAGAAGAAAAAGUAUCCUGCACGUGCAAUUUGUUUGUUUGCUAAUUAGAUCUCUUAGUCUUUUCAUUGCCGUCCCUGUUUAGCAUUACACGAUUUAAUUUUUUUUUUUUGUUCACACGUGUUAUUAACCAGAGCUUCGCUUUUAGCCCUGGCUAAAUCUAUAUAUUAUGGGCCAACAUAUAUAAAACAUGUACUUUUUUGAGGGUCAAUGUAUUAAGUACGAAAGUACUAAUUGGGGAGAUUAAUUUCUAUGUCUCCUACUGGAGACGGGAUCGCCAUCUUGCGUUGCAUCCGAGCCACGCGCGCGUAGGAUUAGUCAUUUGCAAGGCAGAGGCAAUGAGUAAUGGUCCGGGACCAACGACCUUCCACCCUGUAGUCAAGCUCUCUUCCGACUAAGCUAAUCCUGACUGGUUUAAAUAAUUUUUUUAUUUUUUUCAGCGAUUAAAUGUGUUUAAAUCAAUCAACCAGAACUUUUUUUUGGCUUCCUGGCUUACUGCCCUUCUUAAAAGAAUUUUUUUUGCUUUACACCUUUACAUUAUGAAUAAGGCUAUUCACACUAUAUCGGGUAGCUUUUGCGCCGGCACAAAAACCAUAGCGGAUAGGACUUUUACAAAUAAGAACAAAGAUUUCGGUGCGAAUGCUGUAACGGAGCGAAGCUGCUCUGCACCGAUCCCUAAGGUCGAGAGUCACAUAUCAGAUAAGUGUUCACACUAUACAUACAGGAUAGAUUUUCCCGUCGGCAAGAAAGGCUAUCCAGUAUAGUGCAAACAUGUCCUUAAACAUGAAAAUGAAUACAUCAGGUUUUUCUUAGGUUCUGUCGUCUGUUCUUUCUGAUGCUGGGUUUGAUAGCAAGACAUUGAUAGCAGCGACACAAGAUCAACGAGUGAAGGAUCAGUUGCGAAAAAACACUGAGAGGUGAAAAUCAGCUUUUUGAUGCUUUUUUUUUAACAAUCUUUGAAAACCAUUAGAUUAGAGACCUUUAGAUUCCACGACGAGAACGAGUACGAGUACGAGACCGAGUUAAAGUGUUUUAGCAUACUGUCAUCAAAUAGACACCCCAGAAGGCUUUAUUGUAUUUUUUUCAACAAAAGGUUGGCAGUAUUAUGUUUUUCGAAGUAGGUUAAGCCUGCUCCCGAUCGCAAAAUUAUAAAACUUCUCACAUUUGAGAACUUGUUUCCGCCAUUGCGACCUCAUCGUUUGGCGAUAACAACGACUAUCUCGUUUUCCCGCGAAAAUGACGCUGCUUCACGCGUGAGCACUAACUAGUAAUCGUACUCGCCUUUGUCUUGAGAAUCUUAAGAUCUUUAUUAAUACCAAUACAGCUGAUGACGUUGAAUAAUGACAGAAAGAGUGAAGUCACUUUUUUCUUACUAGACUCUCUUAUUACAAAAACUAAAGCUAGGUGCAAACGGACGCAACCGUUUCAAUCCUCCUUGGGACACAACAUUGUUGGCAGUUGUUUCGUCCGUUUGCACUUGGCUUAACCGAUUAUCAAAAUGUUCAAAUAACUCCUGCAUACGACACGUGGAGUUGUUACCGUGAACUCGGCUAAAAAAAACCCUGCUACCGCCCACCUAGGUACGAGGUCUUCAGGCCACAAAACCCGGAGACAUUCACACACUCUUAUUAUACUUUUUUCCGUUUUGUUCAGAGCUUUUGAAGCCGGACUUUGCGGAGUUCCGAGUUACCAAGUCAAUGAUGGGUCAGUGAUCUGGGGACAAGACAGACUAAAUAUUGUCGCCGAUUUGCUUUGCGGCUGGGAAGAUCACUUGAAACCAAUCGGCAAUGAUAGUAAACUUUAAGUAAGGGAGAAUCGUGGCACAAACCAAGCCAAUUCGCGUAUUUUGAAGCGAAAUGUAGUAACCGAAGUUACCGCAUUUAGUUAAAACAAGAAACUACAGGAGUCAAGACUGCAGCAGAAUCUUAUUAUGUUCAAAGUUCGGGAGCGCUGAGUAAAUCUAAAGCCAGUAUCAACUGCGUAACUUUACAAUCAAGCAGCUGUUAGUUCAGUGGUUUAUAGACCACAGGCAUGUUUACGAAAAUUAAUUAGUCGAUAAAAUUAUGACAAAAAUAAGGC